AUGUCCAACUAUCAAACCACAUCAGCCACUCCAUUCAAACAAGAACAACCUACCACAGAACAAAACCCAAACAUGACCUCUCCACCACCCACCAGUGCUACUCCUUACGUUCAACCACCACAAUCCCAACCAAUUUAUUACUCGAACAAUAUGGGAGUUCCUCAACAACAACCCAUGUAUCAAGGUCAACAACCUUUCUAUAAUGCUCAACCAGUGAUUUAUACACAACCCUCUACAGUACCAACCUCUCAUUAUAAUAACAACACAACAACAGUUACAUCUGCUUCAACAACCUUGUUGGGUACACCGUUGGAAUUGGAAGAUGAAAAGAAUGCUAAAUUAUACUUGAUUAUUGGUCUCUUUUUAGGUAUUAUGUGGUUGAUUUGUUUUGUGAGAUAUAGAAGAUCCUCGAGUGCCCGUGCUAGAAGUUAUGCCAAUGUUUCCGGAGCAUUGUUUUUCUUACAAUUUUUCUUGAGUAUUGCAUUUGCUGUUUCAUUAUCCAUUGCAAUUACUGUGUAA